AUGCCAACAGAUGGCCCCCCUGCGAAGUAUCAGAAGACGGCAUUGACAGCGGCUGAGUCCAGCAAGUCCACAACAGGUCGAGUCAUCCUCAUCACUGGGACAGGUGGUUUCGUGGGCUUCCACUGCGCCCUUGCGUUAAAAAAGCGAGGUGAUGGAGUGCUCGGCUUGGACAACUUCAAUGCCUACUACCCCGUGGGCAUCAAGUAUGACCGGGUGGAGACGUUGGAGCGAGCUGGCGUCUACACCUUCAAGGCAGAUCUUAACGACAGAAGCUUCGUAGACCACGUGUUGAAGGAGUACGGCAUUACGCACGUCCUAGCUUUAGCAGCCCAGGCCGGAGUGAGAUAUGCGACGAAGGACCCGGCAUCCUACGUCUCAUCGAACGUUUCGGGCUUCGUCAAUCUUUUGGAGGCCUGUCGGUUUUGUGAUCCAAAGCCCAGAGUGGUCUAUGCAUCUUCCAGCUCCGUCUACGGCCUGAACACCGUGAGCCCCUUCUCCGAAGAGCAUCAGGUGGAUCGGCCGGCGAGCCUCUAUGCAGCCACGAAGAAGGCCAAUGAGAUGAUCGCCCACACCUACAACCACAUCUACGGUUUGUCCCUGACGGGUCUCAGGUUCUUCACCGUUUACGGCCCCUGGGGUCGACCCGACAUGUUCGCCUUCUCGGCCACCAUCAAGAUCCAUAAGGGAGAGGCCCUGAAGAUCUUCCAGGGCCCCGGUGGCUCCGAGUUGGAGCGGGAUUUCACGUACAUCGACGACAUCGUCACGGGGUGCGUGGCGGCCGUGGAUAAGAUCCCGGAGUCUGUCAAAGGCACCGCACACUGCAAGGAUCCGGUGACAGUCACCUACAUGAUUGAGUGCCUCGAGAGGGCGAUAGGGAAAAAGGCGAUUAAGAAUUAUGUUCCCAUGCCCCCGACGGGAGAUGUGCUCAAAACCAGCGCCGACGUGUCUCUGGCGGAGAAGGAGCUGGGCUACAAGCCAACUACCCCACUACAGGAAGGCAUCAACAAGUUCAUCAAGUGGUACGAUGAGUACUACAAGGAGGGCUUGACAAAGGAGAUGUCCACCUAUGUUUCAACAGCUUUCGCAGUCGACGCGACGCAGCGAGCAGUGCGGGCUGCGGAAAAUGUCGAGAAUGUCCGGGAUGUGGUGUGCUUGGAGACAUCCGGCACGGCCUGCCCGUCCAGAGCUGCGAUGUGCACGGGGGCCCUGAUAUGUGUGAUGCCUUUCACAUGGCUCCGGUCUUUGCAGGUCCUCACCGUGCCGGUGCUCAUGUCCAACGUGGUGCUACUGUGCGGCAUCUCGUGGAUCUAUUACUGCAGCUUCGUGCAGUUGGGCACCAGUGGGAUCGCCCCGGACAUCAUCCUCUUCAACUGGGCCGAGUUCCCCGUGUUCUUCGGAUGUGCGGUUUUCUCCUUCGAAGGUAUCGGCCUGAUCCUCCCCAUCCAGUUCGCCAUGGCGCAGCCCGCAAAGUUUCCGGGAAUCCUCCGCCGGGCGAUGCUGAUCCUUGGUAUCCUUUUCGGCUCUUUCGGCAUGUGCGGCUAUGCGGCGUAUGGUCUGAAGACAGAGGACAUGAUUACUUUCAAUAUUCCGCAAAACAAGAUCACGUCCUUCCUGCGGCUGUUUUAUUGCCUGGGCAUCUUUUUCACGUAUCCGGUGAUGCUGUUCCCGUUGUACCAGAUUACCGAAGCGAAAAUUCGCUGCCUUCGCGACCAGCGUCGCAGUUGGCGCCGUCUUCUCUUCCGCUCAGUGCUGGUGGUGAUGACUGGUGUCAUUGGUCUCCAGAUUCCUCACUUCGGCCUUUUCCUGGGCAUCAUCGGCUCCCUGGCCUGCUCUUUCCUGGCGUUCAUUCUGCCAGGCUUACUGCACCUCCGGCGCAAAGAUCGCACGGAUGCUACCCGAGGUGGCGACAUCAAAGAUGUGUCGAUCAUCCUCUUCGGGGCCUGUGAAAAAUACAUAUGGGCUGACUCGGCGUGCACCGAGCAGAUAGGCACCCCAACGACUGACGACGAUGUGAACAAGUGCAAGAUUCGAGAGCGUACCGGGGAGCCCACCGUCUGGCAAUCGACCGCCAUCAGCGACGACAUGACGGUGGAAUUCAGCCUCCGCUAUGACAACGAGGACUGCGCCGGGGAACCCAUCGAGAACAAUAGCUACUCCGUGGAGUGCCAUGCCACAGGAGGCGGGUUAUACCAAACGCGUGAAAUCAUUUCCUUCAGCACAACUACAGCCACUGUGACGACGGCCACGACUACGACGAGGACAUUUACUUCGAUGGCAGAGCCGACAACCGACAAUUGGGCCCGAUACCUUUGGUGGUCUGGCAGCUCAGAUUGCUCCGGCGACCAUGAUUCGGUGGCUUAUGAGGAGCUCAAUCGGGGGUGCAAUGACUGGGAGUGUAACGGUACGGAUCGGAUGAUUUUCCAGGCGGACUUCGCCAACCCCUGUACAUCUGAUGCCUAUUCCCCAAUCACAUAUAGCACUAUCAUCUUUGGCGACUGUGUUUCAUUCGAAGGCGGCCACGCCAUCUUUACGCUAUUCAAGGGUGUCAGCCUCCCACUCACAGUGGAUGACCCAGCAACGAUUACGGAGAAUGCCACUUUGACCAAUGCAAUGAUCGCGGGCUUUGCGCAGGUGAUGAGCGUGAAUGCAGCUCCAAGCUUGCCAAGUGCUGCGGCCGCCGACCAAACUCGGGCACAGAUCGAUGCAGUCUCGCUGGAGGACACCAACGGCGCCAUCACCCAGGCCGCUGCGGAUGCCGGCUACACGGGCACGAUCCAAGUGACUGGCAAGACCACGGCCAUUGCCCCUGGCGCAGGGCUUGCCACAGGCCCGUCAUCUUCGACAGUGUCCUCCGGUGUGAUGAACUUGGCCUUGAUCGCAGUCCUUGCUACAUUCUGCUUCUGA